GAAAAUAUUAAGACAUUACAGUUUUAACAAAAAACAUCAAAAAGUUUAUUAACUAUUGAUAAACAAUAGAUAUUGUAGUAUAAUUUAUAUCUUAAGGAUCGCGAUACAGCAUAUACAGUGAAGAUAGAGAGAGCAUGAUGAAGAAGAUUGAACCGUCAGAAAUUGGCAAGAACCCUGAUUUAAUAGCAAAAGCACAAAAGGAAAUGGCUCAGUCGGACAUUCUCGUUUGUGGAAAGUGUCAUAAUGUCUUUCAUUUUAUUGACCUCUUUAAGCAGCAUAAAGCUAAUAACUGUAAAAGAACUUCUGCCUUCAAUGAUUGUAGGGAAACUCGACCCAAAAUGUGGGCAUAUCUUCUGUGGAAGCAAACACAAUUCCAUCAAAAUCAGGAAAAUGCAAAUGAAGAUCAGCCCUGGAAGUUAUAUGAGCAAUGGAUGUCGUUGGACGAGAGUAUUCGACAGUCGUGGCUUGUUGCCGGCGGAACCAUUCAAUCUUUUGAGAAGUUUGGAAAUGGAACUUUACAGGAAACUCCUGUAAAAAUAACAAAAACAUUGACGCCUGAGAAGCCACUAAUGAAUGCACGACCAUCGCCUGUUAGUCAGGUUGUCAAGCGUGUUUUGCCAGCCGCAAUUACGCCUGUAAGAUCUAGUCCAAACGUAAUUGUUACUGAGCAAAAAGUCAUUCGUAGAGCCGAUGAUGGCUCCGUACAAGAGAAAAUUGUUAUUUCACCAAAGACACAACGCUUGAUAAACAGAACAGAUCCAGUUUCGGGAGUGAUUGAGAAAGCAGCAAUCGAUAAAAUUAUGGCAAAAAGGAUGAACCCACGUAAACGUGAGAAUGAAUAUUUAGUCAAGUGGGAGUCAAAGCCUCAAACAUGGGAACCAGCAUCACAUUUGGAUACAUGCAAGGAUCUCAUUGAUAAUUUUGAAGUGCUUCUAGCAAAGCAGAAAGAAAUGCGUGCUAAAUCUCAAUUAACUCAACAGCAACAGACUCAACAAGUAGUUGUUACUACAACAGCUCCAUCGACUCCAAUAACGACUUCUACGCCUGUAAUUGCAACAAAUCGUCCUGAACGUUCAUCAAAGCAAAAGGCAAUUAAUCAAGUGAAACAAUGGACUGGCGGUAAUAAGCAUCAUGAUGAAAUUUCAGAUUCAACAACAGGAAAGAGAAAAAUUGAAGACGAGGAUGAAUUUGACGAAGAAAUAGACGGCGAUGAUGUAGAUGAUGAGGAUUAUGAGCUCGAAUCAAGUUGGGAGAAAAAGAAAAUGGCACAACAACUUGGACAGACAUCAGUUAAAAAGAUUAAGACCGAUAUUGUAGGUCAAAAUGGAAAUGUUCGUGUAGUAAAGACAACUGGACAAGACAUGCAAAUUGGAGCAACUGUUGUACGCAAAGUUAUUGGGUCAAAAUCCCCAGAUGUCGUUAUUGCUGGACAGAAACAAAUGAGUGGUGUUUUUAAGAAAGCUGCUCCAAGUCCAAAUGUCGUCACUAAAAAGCCAGGCGAAGGUCAAGUUCGAAUUGUUGAGAAAAAGGAUCAAAUUCAAAGUGGAAUAGUUCGUGUUGGGCAAGUAUCCACAAAUCCUGCUCCAACAAUCACUAAAUCACCAGUUGUAACUCGAGUGGUUCCAAAAGCAUCGCCCGGAAUCACUCCAAAUGCACAAAAAGCGAAUACAGGAACUGUCGUUAGAACUGUUCAGUCUGUACAAAGUCAACAAAAGGCACUUGCUCAAAAGAUUAUUCAACGAUCGCCAAUGAAUAAAAGUCAAUCUCCAGUUACUUCACAAAUACAGCAACCACAAAGAACUCAAGUUCUUCCCAAACAGCCACAAACAGCAUCGCCUGUUGUUCGAAGACCAGCUACACAAGUUGUUCGUAAAUCUGGUCCAGGGCCUCAAAGAAUUGUGAAAAAAGUAACUGUAGAGGAAGAAGAUGACGAUGGAAUUCAAGAUCCAUUCCCUAAAGAUUUGCCACCGAUUGAAACAGAAUCUGAAAGUCCACCAUUACCGCUUACCUUAUGUCCAAUAACUGGGAAAGUUUUGGGGCAGGCUGAAGGCGAAACAGAACAAGGAGAUGAGCAAGAAGGUGAUGCAGAUCAGCAUCAAAUUACACAGAUAUUAACAAAUGAAGAUGGAACUCCAAUUUUCAUUACUGGCGAGGACGGAACAAUGUAUCAAGUUGCUGGGAAAAAUGCUAAAGGAGAAACAAUUUUAGUGUCUACAAAUGCUGAAGGAGAACAGACUUGCGUACUUUUGUCUGCUGAUCAAGAUUUAUUAGCUAAUGUUCCAGGGAUUCAGACAGCCGAUGUGACAGAAGAAACAAAUGCUGAAGAGACAGAAUCGACUGAACAGCACGAUGAACAAUUCUUUGUAAAGGAAGGCGAUGAAGGAUCGCAGACAUCAGCUAGCGAAGAGGCCUCAACUACUCAACCCUUAUCUGUAGCUGUUGAAAGUGGAGAUUCUCAAGAUGGCCAAAUUACUGCUGAAAUUGUACAAGCUGAUGAGCCAUCACCUGGCGGAACAAGAAAGGUCGUGUUGAUGCUUCCCGACGGAAAUCUUAUGGUCACAGAAUUAUCAUCAGAGCAAUUUCAAUCAUUAAAUCUACAACAGUAGUAAAAUUAUUUACACAUCCAAACACACACACACACCUAUAAUAUGGCUUUAUGAUUAAGGAUUUUUUUCUGGACAUUUUUUUCUUAUCUUUUCAAUUUCAAAUCACCCCUUUUUUC